AGGAUGGAUGAAUUUGGAGAAACGAAGAAGAAGGUGGAUGUGGGUGUAAUUCUUGAUCUAAAUUCACUGGUUGGAUCAGUGGCGAACGCAUGCAUUCCCAUGGCCAUCUCAGACUUCUAUGCUGCUCAUCCUAAUUUCAGGACCAGAUUGUCUCUGCACGUUAGGAGCUCCGAUGAUGUUCUUGCUGCUGCUUUUACAGCACUAGAGUUGAUUAAUAAGGAGGAAGUUAAUGCCAUAAUCGGUCCCCAAACGUCAAUGCAAGCUAGAGUUGUAAUGGAUAUCGGCCAAAAGGCUCAAGUUCCCAUCAUUUCAUCUUCAGCAACGAGUCCCUCACUCUCCACAACCCAGAACCCUUUCUUCGUUCGAACAGCCUUAGACGAUAGCUCGCAAGCGAAAGCCAUCGCCGCCAUCAUUCAUGCGUAUGAAUGGCACGAAGUAGUCCUCCUCUACGAAAACACCGAAUACGGAAGCGGUUUAAUCCCCUACCUGUCAGACGAGUUUCAACGGUUCGACAUACGUGUGAGUUCGAGGUUUUCCGUCUCCACAAACUACAGUAACUUGACCAUCUUAAAGAUGCUCAACAACGUAAUGGCGAUGCAGACGAGAGUUAUUGUGGUACAUAUGACAUCUUCGUUAGGGUCCAAACUCUUUUUCCUUGCAAAAGAAGCAACCAUGAUUAGUGAAGGAUAUGUUUGGAUCAUUACAGAUGGACUAUCGAAUUUGUUGGAUCCGAUGGGAGCCGAAAUCAUCGGUUCGAUGCAAGGUGUGUUGGGAAUAAGGCCAUACAUACCACAGUCUAAACGCCUGGAGAAGUUUAAAAAGAAAUGGAAACGUGGGAUUCACUCUAGUUCGACCAAACUAAACAUUUAUGGGUAUUGGGCAUAUGAUACCGUUUGGGCACUAGCUAAGUCUGUCGAAAUGGUUCCACAUAAGAGUUCUGGUGUUACGAGACGAAGUAACCGGAGAAAUGCAAGUCAGAUUCCUGAAAUAAGAGUUUCUGCAGUAGGUCGGUCGAUCCGAAAUGAGAUAGUGAAAAAGAAAUUUAAAGGUCUCAGUGGAGAUUUCAGUUUGGUUAGGGGACAGUUGCAGUCUUCAGCUUUUGAAAUCAUCAACGUGGUAGAUAAAAUGGAAAAAGUUAUAGGGUAUUGGACCGUUGAGAAUGGAUUGACAGCAGAACUAGGCAAACCUGUGAAGGCAACAUAUUCGACCUCAUAUCAUGAACUUAAACCACCUAUCUGGCCGGGAAACACGAAAGCUAAGCCCAGAGGUUGGACGAUACUGGUUGUUGGUAAGAAAUUAAGGAUUGAGGUCCCUGUGAAACCUGGCUUUGAUGCAUAUUUGAAAGUGAAUCGCGACCCUUACACUGAUGAGUUCAUCGUAAUGGGGUUCUCUUAUGAUGUGUUCAAGGAGGCAUUAGCGAUUUUACCUUUUCCCAUUGGUAACGACACAAGUUCAGGAACAUACAACGAGCUUCUUUACGACGUCAAACUUCAGAAAUUUGAUGCUGCAGUGGGAGAUAUAACAAUUCUGGCAAAUCGAUCUCGAUACGUAGAUUUUACAUUGCCUUACUUGCAAUCACAUGUGUCCAUGGUUGUGAAAAGAAAAGAUGAUGGGAGAAAGAAUAUGUGGAUAUUCUUAAAGCCUCUGAGUUGGGAUCUUAGGCUUAGUAGUGUGGGUUUUGGAACACCGAAUCAACAACGAGUUUGGGGGUUCGGCACGGCAACAAGUCGGAACGGUUUUUGGUUCUCCUUUUCAACUCUAGUGUUUGCUCAUAGGGAGAAGAUCAUAAGCAAUCUGUCAAGAGUCGUGCUGAUUAUAUGGAUAUUCGUGGUACUCAUCCUCACCCAAAGUUACACUGCAAGUCUGGCCUCGAUGCUAACCGUGCAACGACUGCAACCGGCAGUAGUAGACGUCAAUGAGCUAAAAAAGAACGGCGAUUUUGUAGGAUACGAGACCGGUUCCUUUGUGAAAGACCUUUUGGUAAAGCAAUUGGACUUAGAUGAGUCUAAGUUGAAGAACUAUGGUACUGCAGAGGAGUUUGACGAAGCAUUAUCAAAGGGAAGCCAAAAUGGUGGUGUCGGUGCGAUUUUCGGAGCACAGCACUGUGUCGAGCUUUUUCUUGCCAAGUACUGCAACAAAUAUAUGACAGCCGGACCGACCUACAAAACCGACGGACUUGGUUUCGCCUUCCCACAAGGAUCUCCUCUAGUGGCCUACAUAUCCAGGGCAAUCUUGAGUGUGACUGAAAACAAAUUAAAAAUGGAUGCUUUGGAACAAAAAUACUUUUCACAACUAAAACCUUGUCAAAUCGGCAGCGAACGAACUACGAUUUCGUCCGAUAGUCUCGGCUUGUACAGCUUCGGGGGUCUCUUCAUCAUUACGGCGGUUGCUUCAGUGUGUUCACUCAUCAUUUACUUCACUGAAUUUCUGCAAUCUCAUUGGAACGCAGCCCACACCGUGCAUGACAGUUCGGUUUGGUCUAGAAUUAGUGAAUUGGUAAAGUAUUUUGAUGGCCAAUCUCCUCCACAAAGUGUCGUAGCUUUGGCUAAUGACGGGCAUGAAGGUGCCGAUGCUGUUGUUGGUGACAAUAUUCCUCCGAGUCACAGGGAGGGCUUCUGUCAGUUGCGGGUUCUCAAGCCAAAACAGGAAUUGGUUUUGCAGUGGGAUGCUUUACUUUGGGCACCAACAAGACGUCGUUCCCUUGUUUCUAGUCCUUGGCUUAAGGAGGAAGGGAGUGAGGGGAUCUUCAAUUCGAGUGCGAGAGAUUCCAGAAGUGUGAAAUCGGGUGUUCAUGAACGUCUAAAUGGGGUGAGUGCUGCUGAUGUGGAAAUGGUUAUUGUGGAGGAAGAAAAUCCCAUAAAUGAACCAAAGAAUGCGAAGAGGCUGAGGAGUCUUCAAGCAAGUUUGAAUAUGCAAAAAGAGAACAGUUUGGUGAUUCCAAAUGAUAACAUAUCGGCAGGCCUGAUUGAUCAGGCCAAUCGAACACAAUGA